AUGCAUGAAAUGAUCGGCAACAGAACCGGUAAUAGUGGCGGUAAUCGUUUUACCGCCACUCAGGUAACAUUUUUGUGUCAGGUAUGCAAUGAACUUGCUAGAGGCUAUCAUUUUGGAGCAUUUACCUGUGAGGGUUGCAAGUCAUUUUUUGGACGAACUUGCAAACCUUCAAAAGGAACAACCGCUGAUGGAAGUAAUGAUAGCAAAAUGUUAAGUACAAAAAUGAAAUUAUUCUGCAAAAAUGGUGGAAAAUGCAAUGUACAGGGACGAAAUCGAACUUCAUGUAAACUAUGUCGUUUCAAUAAAUGCAUCGAAGUUGGGAUGGCACCACAAAACUCACGCUAUGGCCGUCGUUCUAAGUAUUUUAAGGUUUCGUCACUCCUGAAAGCUCAAGAAAGAGCUCGUUCUUAUGGUGAUUAUCAAUCAGCAAGUCUAUUAGAUUCAUCAGCUCAGCUUAUCAAACCGGUAGUACCAGCACCAAUUUGGGCUUUCCCUAUUUGGUUGUCCACUAAUAUUUUCAACACUCGUGAUGUCUUAGUGAUUAAUGAUACUUGUAAUCAAAAGGAUUUAAACAACUUUAUUCAAUCCUAUCCCCAAACCGAACCAUUAGAUUUAUCAAUUAAGAAGUGA